GCCGCAAGCCGCGCAGGCCGCCACGCGCACACCCCAACUGGUCGACGACGACUUCCUCCCUCCCACCUCGCCCCCGGAGAAAACAAACCAAAAGAAGAAAGCAGCUAGGGAGCAGCCUCGCCGCGAGAUCUGGGACUGGGAGAUAGAGAGAGAGGCGCCCCGAAGAUGCACGACUUCUGCUUCACGAUCCCCUACGGGUUCGCCGUGCUGGCCGGCGGCGUGCUGGGCUACCUCCGCCGCGGCAGCACUGCCUCCCUCGCGGGGGGCGCCGGCGCCGGCGCGCUCCUCCUCCUCGCGGGGUUCGUCAGCCUCAAGGCCUUCGAGAAGCGGCGCAACUCCUACCUCGCCCUCGCGCUCGAGACCCUUUGUGCAUUCGCCCUGACCUACGUUAUGGGGCAGAGAUACCUAGAAACUUCAAAGGUAAUGCCAGCUGGUGUUGUUGCUGGUCUCAGCGCCUUGAUGUCUGCAUUCUAUCUAUUCAAGAUUGCAACCGGUGGCAACCACAUCCCACCAAAGAAAGAGUAAACCAAGAUUUAACUUGUAAUAUAUGUUUGAUUGAACUCAAAAGAUCACGACCGAUUAUGUUGUCUAGUUGCACGGUAACUUCAGGGACUAGUGUUGUUCUCCAUUUGUAAUUUCUGUUAGAAUGUACCAUGGAGCUCUGAACUUUGUACAAGAAAUAAAGAUUAAAGAUGUGAUUCACGGAAGC